AAAACCAUGAAGGAAAAAGAAUCUCAGGUCAGAUUGUUAGAUGAGUAUGCACAGCACGUCCCUGCAUUAACAGCAGUGUCCCUGUGAUUUCUAACAGCACAGUCCAUUCUGGGGAUCCGAAGAGAGGGACAGUACCUGGCAGAGGUUGGAUCAGGAUAAUAGGACAUGUAGGACGUUCAGUGCAGCACUGUGACAUGGCAAGAGAAGGGAAUCCUGUCACAAUCCCACAUUUGUGAAGGGCUGAAUGGGUGAGGGUAUGAACAUCUCACCCAUGCCCGACAAUGAGAACUGUGUGGAGUGGACCAUCGAAGGAGGCUGGAUGCUACUGGAACAGCGAGUGGAGCACCUGGUACCUGCUUUCCUGGGUAGAGACCCCUGCUACCUCUUCACAUUCUUGAGAACAUACAGAGCUUUUGCUACCACCCCGCAGGUCCUGGAAAUACCGUUCAUGAGGGCCAUCUCCUCCAUCCUGGGCACCUGGCUGGAUCACUACCCCAAGGACUUUUUCCAAUCUCCAGACUUCACCAACUUGAAGCUGCUGCGGGCGUAUGUAAGGGUCCACAUGCCGGGCUCCGAGCUGCAGCGCCUCACCCGCCUUCUCUACUCAUGGCAGAAACACCCUUUGGCAGCAGCUCUAGAGCCACAUCCACACGUCCCUCGGGAGCGAGCCCCCGCUAUCCCUGUGGUGCCCACUGCAGCCUCGCAGCCCAGGCUGCCUGAAGCCACCAGUUCUCCUGGAGCUCAGCGCGUACGAGAAUCGGAGACCCUCACUACAGCGUCCCCACCAGGGCAGGAGGUACUCCCAGCUCUGGCUGACAGACAGGAGCUGGAAGAGCCACCUGCCCCUUUGGUGGCCCCAGAGCAUGAGCAGCCCUCAGCCCCAGCCGGCGGGGUCACGGAAGGGCUGGAGCAACCACCUGCUGCAGCUGAGCAACCAGCCUCAGCUCCCCAACAGCGGCUCAUGUCGGCCGCAGCCCCAAAGGAUGAAUUCCCUGACCUUGUCAUGGCGUUCGUUGUCAUUUUAGUAGUGGGUAUAGAGGUAUUUAGUGUCCUUAUGUACUACUGGUUUAUACAUAAAACAUAA